AUGCCACCUGCGACGCCAUCUCCACCGAGUUCGGCGCAGGCGACAACAGGUGGCAUUGUUAGUGUUUGCAGGGACGCUGUUUAUUUCGUACCGAGCAAUCGAGGGCCAGUUUGUGGCAGUGGCUUGCGCUCUCCAAGUGGCACGGCAUGUCCACGAAAGGGAGACGUGAGCUUUGCUUCGUGCACACCAACCCUGAAAUCGCACAAAAAUGGCAAGUGUGUGGCCCCCGAAGAUGCAUCAUGCGUUGUUAUCCUCGGUACCACGUGGGGUUGCGUCUUCCCAUCUGCCGGGUGCUUGUCAAUCACAGCACCGACCCCAUCGCCAACGCCUACCGACGACGAUUCAUCC